AUGCGAAACAUCAAGCUCACUCUUCGCUACGACGGUAAGGCGUACAGCGGGUGGCAGGCUCAGCGCGAUCGGCGAACGGUUCAAGGCACCGUGACUGAAACCCUGGAAAAGAUCACCUGUCAGCCAGUGCGCCUGUUCGGUAGUAGUCGCACCGAUGCCGGCGUGCAUGCCUACGGCCAGGUGGCCAACUUCCACACCGAGACGCACCUCACUUGCGAUGUCCUGCGGCAAGCGGCCAACGCGGAGCUGCCGAAAGACAUUCAGGUGGUCGAAGUUGCGGAAGUAACGGAGUCAUUUCACGCCAUCUCUGACGCCAUUCGCAAGCGGUAUCGCUACGUGCUCGACGACGGUAAUCCCGGCGACCUGUUUCGCCGCAACUACACCUGGCACGUUCGCUCCAAGCUGAACGUGGAAGCCAUGCACCGGGGGGCUCAACACCUGCUCGGCAAGCACGACUUCCGCAGCUUUGAAACCCAUUACCCCAACCGCACUACGAGUGUGCGGACCAUUCUCGAUAUCGAAGCACGCCGGGCCGACGACGAGCGGGGGAGUUUCGUACAUGUGGAGGUCGAAGCCGACGGGUUUCUUUACAACAUGGUUCGCACCAUCGUCGGCACCCUGGUCGAUGUGGGGCUCGGUCGCCAGCAAGAAAUCUGGCCGGCCGAGGUGUUGGCCGCUCUCGAUCGCAGUGCGGCCGGAAUGACGGCUCCGCCGCAGGGGCUGUUCCUACUGUGGAUCGACUACGGCGAAGGGGCAGGGCAGGGGGGGAAUCAAUCGAACGGGCAAGGUGCAGCGAUGGAUCUUAAGGGAAUGGUCGAGCGAGCCGACACGCUACCCGGCCGAAUCUUCGACCUGGUGAUUGAAGGUCUGAUUCUCGUAUCGCUUGUCAGCUUUUCGAUCGACACCAUUCCCAACCUCAGUCAGGACACUCGCUACUGGCUGAACGUGGUUGAGGUGAUCACCGUAUCUCUGUUCACCAUCGAAUAUGGUCUACGCAUUCUUGUGGCCGACAAUCGCUUGAAGUACAUCUUCAGUUUCUACGGAAUUCUCGAUCUCCUGGCGGUGUUACCAUUCUAUAUCUCAGCCGAGCUCGACCUGCGUUCAGCCCGAGCGUUCCGGCUACUACGAUUCGUCCGAGUGCUCAAGCUCACCCGAUACACCGAUGCACUUUCCCGCAUGCGCCGUGCUUUUGUCGAUAUACGCGAAGAACUGAUCUUGUUUUGCGUCGUCUCCGGGCUAUUAAUCUUCAUGGCAUCCGUCGGCAUCUACUACUUCGAACGCGAUGCUCAACCCGACAAGUUCACCUCGAUCUUUCAUUGUAUGUGGUGGUCGAUCAUCACCCUCACCACGGUCGGCUACGGAGAUGCCUAUCCAGUUACCCCCGGCGGCCGGGUGUUCACCGCGAUCAUCGUGAUCAUCAGCUUGGGCUUCGUGGCAGUACCCACUGGUUUGUUUGCAGCCGCGUUGACGAAGACAGCGAAGGUAGAUGACUUGUAG